GCCACUUCGCAUCAACACAGCAUCUUACUCUCUCUGUGUCUCCAUUCAUAUAUAAUGGAUAGAAACGAGAAAUAUAGUAUUCUCUUCUCUUAGCAGGUUUCAAUAGUUCUAGUUCUGUUAAGAAAUAUUUUAUUAUUAUUGGUCAAAAGCCUUGAUUUUCAUUUUAUUUUCCUAGCUUUUUCUCCAAGUUUUGCAAUUUCGUUGGUCACAUCUUCCAUCAGAAUAAUUUCUUCACUCUCCAGUUCUUGAUUUUUACCUGCAAUUUCAAAUCCUUUACUUUUGUAAUCUAAAACCCAGAAUCAUUUCUGACUGGAUUUGACAGAACCCAGUUGCCUUUAGAUUCUGAUCUCUUUAUCAAUCCUGGUUUUUGUUUGGGUAGUAUCCAUAGUAUAUGAUCUUUCUCAAACUUUGUUCGAUCUUCCAUUAGAGGGAGCUUUAGCUUUACCUCUGUACAAAAACAGAGUUUCUUAGGCAUACACAAGAUUUGGGGUGCUAAGGUAUCGACCGGAAAAAAGAAGGCCAUGGAUGGUUCACAAGGUAGUAGUACUUCAAAUGCACCGGCUCCUUUUCUGAUCAAAACAUAUGAAAUGGUAGAUGAUCCGUCGACUAACUCAGUGGUGUCUUGGAGCAGCAGUGGCUGCAGUUUUGUUGUGUGGAAUCCACCUGAAUUCGCCCAAGAUUUGCUUCCCAGUUACUUCAAGCACAACAAUUUCUCAAGUUUUGUCAGGCAGCUUAAUACUUAUGGAUUCAGGAAGAUUGAUCCUGAUCAAUGGGAGUUUGCUAAUGAAGAAUUUAAAAGAGGGCAGAGACAUCUGCUAAGCAAUAUUCGCCGACGAAAGCCAAUUCAUAGCCAUUCGAUGCAGAAUCAAGUUAACUCUCCGCUGACAAAAACAGAGAAAAUUGAAUACGAGGAGAAAAUUAAGCAAUUGACAAAAGAUAAGAACUUGCUUCAGCUGCAGCUACAGAGACAUGAAACAGAGAAGCAGGCCUUUGAGUGUCAAAUUAUGCCAUUAGGUGAAAGAUUGAAGCGUUUGGAGAGCAGACAGAAUCAAUUAGUUUCUUUCUUGGCUCAACUUGCAAAGAAACCAGGAUUUGCCUCUAUUCUCAUGCGGCAACCAGAAUACAAUAACAAGAAGAGGAGAUUGCUUGAACUUGAUCACUUAAAUGGCGACUACUACUCGGAAGAGAAGCACAGUUCGCGUUCUUCAAAAGAUUCAACGAUGAAUUUUGAGUUAGUUAAGAAGUUGGAUUCAUCCAUAAAGUGCAUUGAAGAUUUGUUUUAUGGAGCAGGAGAAGCUUUUACUCAAGAUAUGCAUGAUUUCGCCUUAGCAUCACAGCCUUCAGCUAUUGUCGUUAGAGAGCUAAGCACGUCUUCCAUAGAUGGAGAAGCUUGCUCUUCACUGCAUUCUAUGGAGGAUAUUCCUUCAUCUCCUGAGCUACCUCAAUGCAUCAAUCAUGUGAACAGCCCAAAAAUUCAUCCUGAAUUUCCUGUGUUUAAAGCUGUAAAAGAAUCAGAAUUAGAGACAAAAGAUUCAUCUACUCCCACAGGGGCAAAUGAUAAUUUCUGGGAAUAUUUCCUUACUGAGGCUCCUGGUUCUUCAAGCACACAAGAUUUUGAACCUGGGUUCGAGCGAAGAACAAGUGAGGAGAGACUUCGGUGGAGUUUUAACACCAUGAACGAUCUUACCCAACACAUGAAGCACCUUGCACCGGCUGAAAGAGUAUGAGCUCAUUGGGGGUUGAUUCUUGCAACUCUGCUGCUAUUCUUCAUGUUUCUUGUAUACUAAGUUAAAGAUGUAGAAUUCUUCUACUGAUUGUAGAUUACAGAUAGACAAGUUUACUGCA